CAAUUGGCACUCACGCGAUGCUCCAUAUCUUCUCUUUCUUGUACUGUAAAUAAUAAGUUCCUGUUUUGGCGAGCUUAUUUGCCCGUCGGGCCCUACUGUCACCAGGAUGGCAUGCCAGACGCAGAAAGCCCUUCUAAUAAUCGCAAACUUACUCAUUCCCGCAGCCGUCCUGACAUUCGCUGUUGGCUUCUUCCCUUACAAAGCUGUUCUGCCAGGACUGGCGACAUAUAGGCAGUUAGAAUAUGGGGAUCCACCCAAGGCGCCUUUUGACAAGGUCGUCUUCAUGGUUGUAGAUGCACUCCGAAGUGAUUUUGUAUACUCUGAGAACUCUGGCUUUAAAUUUACACAGAGCUUGAUACGUUCUGGCAAUGCCAUACCCUUCACAGCCCAUGCCAGCUCUCCCACGAUUACCAUGCCCCGCGUAAAGGCCAUAACCACCGGGUCAAUUCCUUCUUUCCUCGAUGUAAUAAUGAACUUUGCAGAGUCUGACGACUCAUCCACACUGGCCAACCAAGAUACAUGGUUGGCGCAAAUGAAAGCAAAACCAGACGGCAAGCUCGUUAUGUACGGAGACGAUACGUGGCUGAGACUGUUCCCCGGUUUCUUUGAUAGAGAAGAUGGAACGUCAAGUUUCUUUGUAUCGGAUUUCACGGAGGUCGACAAUAAUGUGACGAGACAUGUGCCCGGAGAAUUGAGGUCUGACCAGAGUGAUUGGACAGGAAUGAUCAUGCAUUAUCUUGGAUUGGACCAUAUUGGGCAUAAGACUGGUCCGCUUGGACCUAAUAUGAUUCCCAAGCAAAAAGAGAUGGACGGCAUCGUGAACAAGAUAUACAAUGCCAUUGACAAGAGACCCCAUCUCGAGUCAACCCUGUUUGUUCUCUUGGGCGAUCAUGGCAUGAAUGAAGGGGGAAAUCACGGCGGAUCUGCGCCAGGCGAGACGUCGCCAGCCCUUGUCUUCAUCUCACCCAAGAUGAAGAAGAUAACCAAAGGCUACAAGUGCCCGACAACCCCUAAAGACGACUAUAAUUACUACCGGACAGUGGAGCAAUCCGAUAUAGCGCCAACUUUGGCUGGUCUUCUAGGCUUCCCAGUACCGCAGAACAAUCUCGGCGUUUUCAUCCCGGAGUUCUUCGAGUUCUGGGAGAACGAAAACGAUCGCGCUCAGCUGCUGCUGAGAAACGCAAUGCAGAUUCUCGACAUCGUCAAAGCGACGUUCCCACAUGAAGCUUUCAGCAACCCCUUUUCUGCACUUGACUGCUCUUCCCCGUCGUCUGGCGCGGAGGAGCUCGCGUGUAAAUGGAGGACGUGCACCACUAUAUUCCAUGCAGCAGGCAGUUUUCGACCUCGAGCAUCCGAGAUCAUGCCCGCUCUCACAGACUUCGUCACGGCAGCGCAAUCAACCAUGAGCAGUACCGCAAGCGCCUACGACAUCCCAAAACUGAUCAUCGGCGUCGUCGUCUCCUCCCUCGCCGCAAUCCUAGCCCUCGCAGCGCUCCUCCCCAUCCGCUCAGUAUCCCCCAGCGGAGCCUUCUACACGAUCCUCCUCCUCAUCUACGGCAUCAUGAUGUUCGCAUCCAGCUUCGUCGAGGAAGAACAGCACAUCUGGUACUGGACCGCAUCCUUCUUCCUCCUCUAUCUUUGGAUCCGCAGCCUCCGCACCGGCACUUCCCUCUUGUCUUCCUUCACAAGCCCCGAGAUACUCGCUCUCGCCGUCCUAAGAAUUGCGAGACGGUAUAACCAGACCGGUCAGAAACAUGCCGGCGCGCCAGACAUUGCGCAUUCGUCGUUCCUGACCAUGCCGAUUGUGCUGUGGUCGCUUGUGGGACUGACGUACUUGCUUGCUACGCUGAUGCUCAUGCCGCACUUUGCGCCGCGGUCGACGUCUGCGGAUGGCCCGAUGGCGGAAGAGCUGUUCUUUGGGAUCAGUGCGAGUGUGUCGAUUGGGUUUCUGGCGUUUGUAUUCAAGGCCGCGUUUACGGCGCGCGAUGCGCCCGAGUCGCUAGACGGGCUUCUGUUCAGUGACUUGAGGGGCUUUCUCGAGCAGUUGCCGAUCGUUCUUCUUGCGAGGUUGGUUUUUAGUGCGCUUGGUUUGGGUUUGCUUUAUAUGGUUGUCGCGGCGCGAGUACGGCGUAGCCAGGGGAGGGAUGAGGAGGAACCAGAGGUUUCGCGCCUCUCAUCCGGGCUGUUCGAACUCCUCAACGUCUUCAUCCUCACGCAAACAAAGACAACCAACAUCCCGCUCUUUCUGCUAUUCCGCGUCAUGCACCACGCACUUUCAACGCACCCUCUAACACCGCUCCAAACAACACUCACAACCCUACUCAUGACACACGUCUCCUUCUUCGCCCUCGGCAACUCCAAUGCAAUCUCCAGCAUCGACCUCUCAAACGCCUACAACGGCGUGUCUGGCUACAACAUCCUCGCUGUCGGCAUCCUCGUCUUUGCCGGAAACUGGGCCGGGCCAAUCUGGUGGUGCGCCGCCGGCGUUCAACUUCUCAAGACUUCAUCAUCAUCCACAAGCCUCAUCACCCCCGAAUCCGCGAAAUCAAAUGCCCAGAAAGACGCGCAGACAGAAAAGGAAUGGGUGAUGCGAGAACGCAAGCGUCUUGCUGCGUCGGUAAAGCCGGGUGCGGCAAAGGAAGAAGAAGUGGGUGAUGAUGGGAGGUGGUUCGGGCAUGUGGCGUGCCUGACGCUGUUUUCAGCAACCAGUCUGGCUGCUGUCAUGGUGGCGUGUACGGUGCUGCGCACGCAUCUGUUUGUCUGGACGGUGUUUAGUCCAAAGUACCUGUAUGCGAUGGCGUGGGGCACGGUGUGGCAGGUGGUUGUCAAUGUCGGUCUUGGCGGGUUGUUCUGGUGUGUAUAGACGUGUAGACUAUGGCAACCGUAUGUGCAUCGUCGUCGUCGUCGUCAUUAUCCUGCUUCCCAACCAACCAUCCAUUAACCCCCCUUUUCUCAAUCAUCACACCCUUUCA